UCAUGCGUGACACACGAUUAUGACUCUUGUGCAGGCAGUGUGUCAGAGGGAGCCGAGACAGACAAACACAUACACACAACCUCUCAAGCUGAAUAAUGGAAUAAUUUGAUUAGUUAAGGAUAUGGAGUCUUUUAAAAUGCAAAAAGACAAGACAGAGGAUGACGAAGAAUCCAGAAGCCGCAUACCAUCUAGACGGAACUCCGGUCCCUUUUCAAGAAGAGGUAGCAUAAAGAAGGAGCCAGAGCAGAAGGUAUCUGCCCCAGGGUCCAGCUCAUCGACGCCGAAGAAAAUUUCAAAGCCAAGUUUAAACUUUAUCGUGACCGGAAAACAGUUAUUGAGGAGUGACAGAGCGAACUCGCUCCCCGGGUCAUAUCAUCGGCGCCAGUCCACGGAAUCCCUGACCAAAUCGAAGAGAAGUCUCGAUUCUCCGCGGAAGAACAAAACGGCUUACUCGAAGAGUCGUGACACGUCCCUGGAGUAUGAUAUGUCGUUAGACUUAUCACAGGUUUCGGACUUUGAAGAGAAGAAUACGAAACACGUAACAAAAGAAAAAUUCACAGCUCUCGCCACAUCCACACCGAAGAAAUCCUGUCAAAAGAUAAGACCACAAUAUCAGGCCAAUGAACGGAAGGAAACCAGCUUGGAGUCCAAGGAUAGUGCUGUUUCGUGCAGCCGAGAGAGCAUCAGUAAGAUCUCUUCACCUGCAACUUAUCGGCAAGGAGUCAGCACCGAGUUCGACUACUCUUCAAUGUCACCGGAAUGUUCCGGUCCAUCGUCAGGGGAUAGCGUCGCAGGGAUAGCACAGGAUACAUUGGUCUCACCCCGGAGUCAAGAUCUUCAGGACUCGAGUUACUGCGUGAGCACGUGCGACUCGAGAGAGAUGGGCGAGUGGGGUCACUUCUGGGCCAACUAUAAUAACUCUCUAGCGAGAGUCCCCAUCAACCGCUACUACGACCAAUGUCCGACGCCGUACCGUUCUGAAGACAUUGAUUUGCCAGAUCUAGAUUUUCCAACGGACGGUUCGAAAAUACGUUCUCCUGACAAUAUUAAAACGAUAAAUAACAUUAUUCGAAACGAGGGACUCCGUCUGACGCCUCGUGAAACACAAAAUAUUAUAAAAUGUGCGCACAUGCUCGGCAACGUAUUAACAAAAGCCAUUGAGAGACAAUCAAAAGAUUAUUGUCCGGAAAAAAUACAGGAAUUAAGUAACGGAACGAACCCAGAGAAGGAAUUAAAAAAGAAAACGAUGACUUUGAACUUGAAAGAGACGGUGCUACCCGUGGAAGUGAAAGAGGAAAAGAGAUGGGAGAGCGUCCCCACACAAACCGACAUUUCGCUACCGAACACUAAAAGCGCGCCAAUUAUAUUCGAAAAUAUUUUAAGGCAGCUAUCGAUGAGUUCGAUUGAGGAAGUUGACAAAACUGUCGAAAAUGAUCAAAAUAAAAUUGGAGCAGACGAUGUUGAAUGAAAUUUACAAGCAAUUAUAUAUUGUCUAGA